AUGCAAUUCCCUCAAAUGUCGGGCAGAAUUGAAAGAGAAAGCAGUGGUGACAACCUGCUCGUAGGUAUCUCACUCGUGAUGCAGCUUAAACGAAAGACUGAUGGUUUCAGGCACAUCUUCUGUCAUGCAUGCGCAGAUAGCCUUGGGCUCUCUCGCCCAACCACCAGCAGUCGCCACUGUCCUGCGUGUCAGACAGUACUUCUUAAUCCAGAUGACGCUGUUUCAACGGUCUUGAACCCGACUGAGGACUACAAAACAAGUGUGUUGAGUGGGUUGGAUCCAAACACAAUCAUGGAAUGUGCUGGUCGCGCACUUGCAUUUUGGGCAUAUCAAAGUACACAGGAGAUUUUCUACCAGGAAUACCGGGCAAAGUCACUCACAGAGAAGUACGCCAACCUGAACACGCAGAUGGACAAAGUCAUCCACAACGCCAACACAGAGAUCCUGGCACUGCAGAACAAGCUGUCCGAUAUGCAGUCAACUCAAGAAGACCUCCAAAAGAAAAACCUCGAAUUGAAUGAUAUGUACCGCGACAAGAACAACAAACUUGCUCAAAUGACCAACCUCUACAACCUCCUCAAAGCUCGUGCCAUGCGAUCUCGGAUGCAGACUGCAGCUUCAGACACAGUAUCCCAAGCUCUAUCAUCGCUCAAUGCCCCUCCUCCUGCCUCGGUUACUCGAUCUGAUGCCUCAGCACUGCCUUCUGCCCCGAUUACACGACAUCCAAAUACACCCACGUUUCCCGUCAAUGCAGAUGGAGUUGAGCAACUUCAUCGACAUCAACGAAGCGGCACUGGUAGUUCCAAAAGGGGAAAGACGAGAACCUCUCGCGAAGCCCCAAUGCCUCCCCCUGCUCGGCCAAACUGGGAUGGAGGGAAUAAUAGAGGUCCAGAUCCCACCCUACAACAUCGUACCCGACUUCCACGUAUUUCUCGGACUCCGACUAUCUCCUCCGAGUUUCCUCUUGGGGAUGCUAUUACACAACGGUUUGGUCGUUGA